GCUGCGAUGCCUGAGCCGGCCAAGUCCGCUCCCGCGCCCAAGAAGGGCUCCAAGAAAGCGGUGACCAAGACGCAGAAGAAGGGCGACAAGAAGCGCAAGAAGAGCCGCAAGGAGAGCUACUCCAUCUACGUGUACAAGGUGCUGAAGCAGGUGCACCCCGACACGGGCAUCUCGUCCAAGGCCAUGGGCAUCAUGAACUCCUUCGUCAACGACAUCUUCGAGCGCAUCGCCGGCGAGGCCUCGCGCCUGGCGCACUACAACAAGCGCUCCACCAUCACCUCGCGGGAGAUCCAGACGGCCGUGCGGCUCCUGCUGCCCGGCGAGCUGGCCAAGCACGCCGUCUCCGAGGGCACCAAAGCUGUCACCAAGUACACCAGCUCCAAGUAAGCUGCCGUUGCGCCCUGUG